CCCGAGCCAGGGCCCCCGCCGCCGGGCUCCGUGCUCGGCCGAGGGGCGCCCGAGCAGCCGCGGCGCUCGCCCGGAAAAGUUUCCCCGCCCGGCUCCCCAGGAGCCAGCCUGCAUCCUGUCCCCCAGCCCUGCCCAUCUAGGCCCCAUGCCCCCACCAGUCAGCUCCGGGCCCCCGGCAGUGAGCAGGCACGUGGCAGCCGAGGUCCUGUGACCAGGCCAGGGAGACGGGAGCUCCGGGGUCCCAGUCAUCUGCCCCCCCCAUGGAGCUGAGGCCCUGGUUGCUAUGGAUGGUAGCAGCGGCAGGAGCCUUGGUCCUGCUAGCAGCUGAUGCUCGUGGCCAAAAGGUCUUCACCAACACGUGGGCUGUGCACAUCCCUGGGGGCCCAGCUGUGGCUGACAGCGUGGCACGGAAGCAUGGUUUCCACAACCUGGGCCAGAUCUUCGGUGACUAUUACCACUUCUGGCAUAGAGCAGUGACAAAGCGGUCCCUGUCGCCUCACCGCCCGCGGCACAGCCGGCUACAGAGGGAGCCUCAAGUAAAGUGGCUGGAGCAGCAGGUAGCAAAGCGAAGGACCAAGAGGGACGUAUAUCAGGAGCCCACGGACCCCAAGUUCCCCCAGCAGUGGUACCUGUCUGGAGUCACUCAGCGAGACCUGAAUGUGAAGGAGGCCUGGGCCCAGGGCUUCACGGGGCGCGGCAUUGUGGUCUCCAUCCUAGACGACGGCAUCGAGAAGAACCAUCCUGACUUGGCAGGCAAUUAUGAUCCUGGAGCCAGUUUUGAUGUCAAUGACCAGGACCCUGACCCACAGCCUCGGUAUACACAGAUGAAUGACAACAGGCACGGCACUCGGUGUGCAGGUGAAGUGGCAGCAGUGGCCAACAACGGUGUCUGUGGCGUGGGUGUGGCUUACAACGCCCGAAUUGGAGGGGUGCGCAUGUUGGAUGGCGAGGUGACUGACGCAGUGGAGGCGCGUUCGCUGGGCUUGAAUCCCAACCACAUCCACAUCUACAGCGCCAGCUGGGGCCCGGAGGAUGACGGCAAGACUGUGGACGGGCCAGCCCGGCUCGCGGAGGAGGCCUUCUUUCGUGGAGUUAGCCAGGGCCGUGGGGGGCUGGGCUCCAUCUUUGUCUGGGCCUCAGGGAACGGGGGCCGGGAACAUGACAGCUGCAACUGUGACGGCUACACCAACAGCAUCUACACACUGUCCAUCAGCAGCGCCACACAGUUUGGCAACGUGCCCUGGUACAGCGAGGCCUGCUCUUCCACACUGGCCACCACCUACAGCAGUGGCAACCAGAACGAGAAGCAGAUUGUGACAACUGACCUGAGGCAGAAGUGCACAGAAUCUCACACAGGUACCUCGGCUUCUGCCCCUUUGGCAGCUGGCAUCAUUGCUCUCACCCUGGAGGCCAAUAAGAACCUCACCUGGCGGGACAUGCAGCACCUGGUGGUACAGACCUCCAAGCCAGCCCACCUCAACGCGAAUGACUGGGCCACCAAUGGUGUGGGCCGCAAAGUGAGCCAUUCCUAUGGCUACGGGCUGUUGGAUGCAGGUGCCAUGGUGGCCCUGGCCCAGAACUGGACAACAGUGGCCGCCCAGCGGAAGUGCAUCAUUGAAAUCCUGGUGGAGCCUAAGGACAUUGGCAAACGGCUAGAAGUGCGCAAGUCUGUGACAGCGUGCCUCGGCGAGCCCAACCACAUCACCCGGCUGGAACAUGCUCAGGCACGGCUCACCCUGUCUUACAAUCGCCGUGGUGACCUGGCUAUCCACCUCAUCAGCCCCAUGGGCACCCGCUCCACCCUGUUGGCCGCCAGACCACACGACUACUCUGCUGACGGGUUUAAUGACUGGGCUUUCAUGACAACUCAUUCCUGGGAUGAGGACCCCUCUGGCGAAUGGGUCCUAGAGAUUGAAAAUACCAGCGAGGCCAACAACUAUGGGACGCUGACCAAGUUCACUCUCGUGCUAUAUGGCACAGCCUCUGAGGGGCUCUCUACUCCUCCUGAAAGUAGCGGCUGCAAGACCCUCACAUCCAGCCAGGCCUGCGUGGUGUGUGAGGAAGGCUUCUCACUGCACCAGAAAAGCUGUGUCCAGCACUGCCCACCAGCCUUCACACCGCAAGUCCUCGACACACACUACAGCACUGAGAAUGACAUGGAAGUCAUCCGUGCCAGUGUCUGUACCCCCUGUCAUGCCUCUUGUGCCACGUGCCAGGGCCCAGCUCCCACAGACUGCCUCAGCUGCCUCAGCCAUGCCUCCCUGGACCCUGUGGAACAGACCUGCUCCCACCAGAGCCAGAGCAGCCGAGAGUCUCGGCCUCAGCAGCAGCCUCCUGCGCUGCACCCGGAAGUGGAAGUGGAGCCGCGGCUGCAGGCCGGGCUGCUGCCCUCUCACUUGCCUGAGGUAGUGGCGGGCCUCAGCUGCGUUACCAUCGUACUGGUCUUCGGCAGUGUCUUCCUGUUCCUGCAGCUGCGGUCAGGGCUUAGCUUCCGAGGAGUCAAAGUAUACACCAUGGACCGAGGCCUGGUUUCCUACAAGGGGCUUCCCCCUGAAGCCUGGCAGGAGGAGUGCCCAUCUGACUCAGAAGAGGAUGAGGGCCGGGGCGAGAGGACCGCCUUUAUCAAAGACCAGAGCGCCCUUUGAUGAGCCCACUGCCCACCCCAUCAGAUUGAUCCCUUCCUUGGGCACUUUUUAAUUCACCAAAGUAUUUUUUUAAUCUUGGGACUGGGUUUGGACCCUAGCUGGGAGGUGAGAGGGGCAGAGACUGCUUCCUACCCCACCCUUGGGCCUACCUGUUUGCCUGAGGUGGGGCCCCAGGAGCCUCAGGCCCUGCCACUCAUCCCUGUGGAGAAAGGAUUAAAAUCUGGGCGGCUUCCAUGGUGCAGCUGGAGUUCCUGCUGAGUGAAGAGGGGCAGCCUUUCUCUGGGUCCCUGACCAGGCUGCAGCCCUGCCCUUUCCUGCCCCUCAGAAAGCAAUAAUGGUCCCCAUCCCGGCAACAGGGAGGCUGGCUAGGAGGUACUUGAAGAAGGCAGCCGCCCCUCCAAGGGCUUUUGCAUCCCCGACCCUCUGGCUCAUGGAUGAGCCGCUGCAGAAGCUGCAGUCAUAGAAAGGGACCAAAGCAAAGCAGGCACGUUCCAGUAUGCCCACACUCAUGUGCGCUCAGCCUGCCUCUCUGCACUCCAGGCCUCCACCUCAGCCGGUAGCCAGGCUGAGCUAGGCUGGCACCCAGCACAGGCCAAGCGAAAGCUCUGGAGGCCUUACGCUGGUGUCCUGACCAUCCUUUCUAUGGCACCCUUCCC